ACCAAGUGACCUGCUUCUAACCAAGUACAUAAACAUGACAAAUGAAAGGAAUGAAUUAUUAAUCAAGAAUGACAUCCUGACUAAACAAACAGACCAGUUCAAUCAACUGCAGAAGAUUAUCAAUGAAACAGAUGGAUGGUUACACUCUAACUUCAACUUUUACUUCAUGUCCUCAACGAAGAAGAGCUGGACUGAGAGCAGAAGAGACUGUACAGAAAAAGGGGCAGAUCUGAUCACCAUAAACAACAGAGAGAAACAAGAUUUUGUUACAAAAAUUACUGAUAAAAGAGAAUUCUGGAUUGGUGUGACUGACGUCGAGGAAGAGGGCAGAUGGAAAUGGGUUGAUGGCACCAACAUAACUUCUGGGUUCUGGGCAUCCAGCGGACAUAUAACAGAGCCAAAUGGAGGAAGACAAGAGAAUUGUGCUGUGACUUAUUUAAAAAAGAACCCUGAAUUAAUAGGGUGGAUUGAUGUUGAUUGCAAUGGUGCUUAUCAAUGGAUCUGUGAGAAGAGAUUUCAGCCCUAGGAACAGCACACACUUUUUUCACAGGGUUUUAUUUUUUUAUUUACUUUUUUUAUAGCUCAAGUCUUCAGGACUGAACACUCCUGAUCUAGAAGUAAUACCUGUUUAGGCCUAUGUGUAUUAAUUUGUAGUUGCUUCCUUUGUAUUUUGCU